AAACUCAUUUUGAAAUAUACUACUUAAUUCUUAGUAUUUUCAUAAUAAGUCUAUUUGUGUAUUAUAUAAAGAAAUGGAUUCUUAAAUUAUUACUUAAUAAAAUAAUAUAAUUUACUAUAAUGUAUUUUUCUCAAAAUAAAGCACUUUCAAGGUUGAUGAAACUUUCCAGUCGUUAUUGUUUGCCUUUAGGGUACAAUUUCCCACAGAUAUACGGUAACAGAUCUAUUCAAUUCCAACGUACAAAACAUAGCAAUACUAUGAAAAAAGAGGAAGAAAAGUUUCGGACUUAUAUUGUACAAAAAUAUAUUAAUUAUGUUAAAAACUAUACAAAGGUACUAGAAGAUAGAUUUCCUGCUGCAGUGCGAAUGUACAGAGUUUUUAGUGUAGGAAUUAAAGACUUCUUAAAAGAUCUUAAAACAUAUAUUUCACUAAGAAUUAAAAUAACCAAAAAUGGUGGCUUUUCGAAUAUGUCUCGUCAAGAAAUAGAACUCUACCAAAAAAUGCCUUCAGACAUGUGGAGAAUAGCUCCAGUUUUAAUAUUAUCAGCAAUACCGUUUGGAAAUUAUAUCAUAUUUCCCUUAGCAUUUUUGAAACCAAAAACUUUAUUGUGUUCACAUUUUUGGUCAAUACAACAAAGAGCUGAAUUUUCAGUGCAAGACUUAAAGGAUCGUCUUAAACAUAAUAAACCAGUUUUUCGAUCCCUUCAAGCCAAGGUUGACACCCUGCCUGUUGGUGAAUUAACGGAACGCUGGAAACAUGUUCUUGGUCGUUUAGGUUCUGGUGUUCACCCAACAGUUCAAGAAGUUAUAUCAUGCAAGGAGCUAUUUAGUAGAGAACCAUAUAAUUUGUCAAGUCUCUCAUACUCUCAUAUGGGCCACUUACUUAAGAUGCAUGGUUGUCGGAAAAGUUUUUUUAGAAGAAAUAAGCUCAAAUAUAGAGCUUUUAUAUUAUUACAAAUGGAUAAAGCUAUAAUCAGAGAAGGUGGUAUAGAAAUUUUAGGCACAGAGGUAUUAAGAAAUGCAUGCCAAAUACGUGGUUUGAAUAGCAGCCAUCUUACAAAUCAAGAUAUGAAAAAUUGGUUAAAACAGUGGUUGGAGUUGUCCCAACACAUUGACUCUAGUUCAUUUUCGUUACUUCUUCAUUGCCCUAUAUUUUUUGCAUAUAACCAUCCUAUGAACUGGGUUCUUAUAUAUUAGGUAAUUGUUUUAUUAUAUACCAUGAAAAUUUUAUACUAAUACACAUUUUGUAAAUCUUGUUAAUUUUCUCUUCUGUAUUUUAAGACACAAAUUUUAAGUUGUUAUUGUUAAUGUUUGUUCCUGUUAGUUCUAUUUCUUUUUUAAAGACUUUCUGCACAUUUUUAUUACUAUAAAAGAUAUAUAAUGUUUUGUUACUGGAAUGUAAUUUAUUUCAAAUAUGUACAUAAUAAAAGUGACAUUAUAAUAUUGAAUAUUAUUUUUGCAUUAAUAUUUAGAAGACAACCAAUAAGGUUGUCAUUUCUUUUCUUUAAUAUCUAAACUUCGUAAUGAUACAAUAUUGUCAGUUCUGUCAAUAAAAUGCUAACGCAACAGCAGAAUAAAAGUGCUAUAAUUUUGUUAA